AUGUCUGGGCGCGAAGCAGCAGCCAACGCUUCCUCUGGGGUCGUUGCUUCCCGGCGAAGCUCCACGGUGUCCCGGGGCGCGGAGAGAAGGCCGGCGGAGGAACCUGGUCGAAGAGGUCGGGGAGGUAGUCGGGGCACCCGAAGGAGCGGCUGGAGAGACCCCACUGGUGUCCCCGUGGCCGCAGCGGCUGGGCGUGGGGAACCGCCGCUCUGCUUCGGAGUGAAGACGGAGCUGGUGGGCGCCGUCAUAGGUCGUGGUGGAUCAAAAAUAAGAGAAAUUGAGAAAACAACAAACACCAGAAUCCAGGUAAUAAAAGGAAACCCUGAGGCAGAAAUCAAAAUUUUUGGCAAUAAGGAAAUGCAGACAAAAGCAAAAGCAGUGAUAGAUAAUAUUGUUAAGAAACAACAAAAUUACACCCCAGAACACAGCAUCAGUAUUGUUGCAUUCCAACCUAGUGUUGGAAAAGACACCAGCGCAAACAACAGCAUAGCAGAAGACCACCCUUUGAUAGACUGGGAUCAGAUCCGAGAGGACGCUUUGAAAUGGGAAAAACAAAAGUGGGCAGAUUUACCUCCAAUUAAGAAAAAUUUUUACAUAGAGUCAGCAACAACAAGCUCAAUGUCACAAGUACAAAUAGACAAUUGGAGGAAGGAAAAUUUCAAUAUAACAUGUGAUGACUUGAAAGAUGGUGAGAAACGUCCUAUCCCCAAUCCUACUUGUAAAUUUGAAGAUGCCUUUCAAAGUUACCCAGAAGUUAUGGAAAACAUUAAAAAAGCAGGCUUUCAAAAGCCAACACCAAUUCAGUCACAGGCAUGGCCAAUAAUUCUACAAGGAAUAGAUCUUAUUGGAGUAGCACAAACUGGAACGGGGAAGACAUUGUCCUACUUAAUGCCUGGACUUAUUCAUCUAGACUCUCAACCACUAGCUAGAGAGAAAAGGAAUGGACCAGGCAUGUUAGUCCUUACACCUACUCGGGAAUUAGCUCUUCAAGUGGAAGCUGAAUGCUCUAAAUAUUCAUACAGAGGUCUUAAGAGUGUUUGUGUAUAUGGUGGUGGCGAUAGAGAUGGACAAAUACAAGACGUUUCAAAGGGUGUAGAUAUCAUUAUUGCAACUCCUGGAAGAUUGAAUGAUCUACAAAUGAAUAACUUCAUCGACCUAAAAAGUGUAACCUAUUUGGUAUUAGAUGAAGCAGACAAAAUGUUGGACAUGGGAUUUGAACCCCAGAUAAUGAAGAUUUUGUUAGAUGUACGCCCAGACAGGCAGACUAUUAUGACAAGUGCUACUUGGCCAUAUGCUGUCCGUCGACUUGCACAGUCUUAUUUAAAAGAGCCAAUGAUUGUCUAUGUUGGUACUUUGGAUCUAGUUGCUGUAAGUACAGUGAAGCAGAAUAUAAUCAUCACCACAGAGGAGGAGAAACGAACUCAUAUCCAAGCCUUCCUAGAGAGUAUGUCGCCUAAAGACAAGGUCAUUGUCUUUGUCAGCAGAAAAGCUGUUGCUGAUCACUUAUCUAGUGACCUGAUUCUCCGACACAUAUCAGUAGAGUCCCUGCAUGGCAACAGAGAACAAAGCGACCGAGAGAAAGCACUGGAGAACUUUAAAACAGGUAAAGUGAGGAUACUAAUUGCUACUGACUUGGCAUCUCGAGGUCUUGAUGUACAUGAUAUCACACAUGUCUAUAAUUAUGAUUUUCCACGAAACAUUGAAGAAUAUGUGCACAGAGUAGGACGCACAGGAAGAGCGGGGAGAACUGGCAUGUCAAUUACCCUUGUCACUAGAAAUGACUGGAGAGUUGCCACUGAACUGAUAAAUAUCCUGGAAAGAGCAAAUCAGAGUAUUCCAGAGGAGCUUGUCUUAAUGGCUGAGAGAUACAAGGCAAAUAAGGUGAAAAGAGAAUCUGAAAAAAAGUCAGGAAGACCUCCAGCAAAGCCCCAGAAGUAUUAUUAAUGUCUUAUAAAAC